GCUGUGAGAGCGAGCGGACGAGCAGGCAUCCACCGCGUUGCUGUGGCAGUGGGACCCUGGGAGCAGGAGAGGUCCACUCAUCUACGAUCCUCGGCUCAAUACAGACAUAACUUUUCAAGGCAACUGACACGUCUCAAAGGAGGACAGGAGAAAGACAUCGGAAACCCCGAGAGGCAACCAUAGUGAAUCUGGACAGGGACAAGAAAAAGAGAGGCCACAGUACAUUAUAGAGUCCGCUGUUGCUGCUGCUGUACUCAAGAGACAGUCUCUCUAUCAGAAUCUUCUCCUGACCGUGGUUCUACCAGAGAGACAGAAGCAGAGAGGCUGUGUGUCCAGAGCUCUCCAGUACAGUCUCUGGAGCUCUAUCCUGCUGCCAUGGCCCUUGAGUGCACUGCGUCCCAUUGGUGAGCGAGGGGCAUCAGAGGGCAGAAGACAUGUUGGGACAGAGGCCUGGGGACCGCACUGAAGCUUGCUGUAGUAACCAUGGAAAUGCUAUGGAGGACCUUGGCCUGCAUUGUUGUCAUCAUCGUCAUGGUUGCCACCGAGGUCGCAGAAAGUCAGACUGCUGAAAAGUUCACCCAGUCACAAGCUACGUUCCUGUCCAGCCUGGGCCAGUAUGAAAUUGUCAUCCCGGUUCGUGUGGGGCCGCAGGGCGAGACCCUGGACACAGAGGAUGGCGGUGCAGACAGCCCCAACCACCACCGGCGGAGCCACCGCAGUGCUGAGGACCAGCAGCAGGACUUGUCCCAGCUGUACUACCAACUCUCCACCACCAAAACUAACUUCUUCCUCAACUUGACCCUGCAGGGGGGCCUGCUGUCCCACCAGUUCCGUGUGGAGUACUGGAGGAGGGGCCGUCUGGCCUGGAGCCACCCUUAUGCCCCCCAGUGUCUCUAUGUAGGCCACCUGCAUGGUCAGCCCCACUCCAGCAUGGUGGCUCUCAGCAACUGUAACGGCCUGCAGGGGGUGAUCGUGGCGGGCGGUGAAGAGUACCUCGUCGAGCCUCUGACCCCGGCCGAAAACCUCACUAGGGCGGAGAGGGGGAAGGGCCGCCCCCAUGUGGUUUACAAGAGGUCAUCUCUUCGCCACCAGUACAUGGACCAGUCCUGUGGUGUCAUCGAUGAGAAGCCAGGUAAAGGCAUGGCCUGGUGGCAGAGGACUCUGAAGACUCCUCCCAACCCCAUCAGCCGAGGCCAGCUGCCCCUGAAGAGGUCUGUGAGCAGAGAGCGCUACGUAGAAACACUGGUGGUGGCCGACAAGAUGAUGGUGGGGUACCACGGCCGCCGGGACAUCGAGCAGUACAUCCUGGCUGUCAUGAAUAUUGUUGCCAAACUGUUCCAGGAUUCUAGCCUGGGGAACGCAGUGAACAUCGUGGUGACCCGCCUCAUCCUGCUCAUAGAGGACCAGCCGACUCUAGAGAUCAACCACCAUGCAGGGAAGUCCCUGGACAGCUUCUGUAAGUGGCAGAAAUCCAUCCAGAACCGGAAUGGCAACGGGAAUGCCAUCCCAGACAACGGCAUCGCUCACCACGACACUGCCGUGCUCAUCACCAGGUACGACAUCUGCAUCUACAAGAACAAGCCAUGUGGAACCCUAGGUCUAGCACCAGUGGGAGGGAUGUGUGAGCCAGAGAGGAGCUGCAGCAUCAACGAGGACAUUGGCCUGGCCACAGCCUUCACCAUCGCCCAUGAAAUAGGACACACGUUUGGGAUGAACCAUGACGGAGUUGGCAACGGCUGUGGCUCCCGCAGUCAGGAGACAGCCAAGCUGAUGGCUGCACACAUCACCAUGAAGACCAACCCUUUCGUCUGGUCCGCCUGCAGCAGAGACUACAUCACCAACUUCCUGGACUCAGGCAUGGGUUCUUGCCUCAACAACGUCCCCCCCAAGCAGGAUUUUUUGUACCCCACUACGGCCCCCGGCCAGGCCUACGAUGCAGAUGAGCAGUGCCGCUUCCAAUAUGGAGUGAAAUCUCGGCAGUGUAAAUAUGGGGAAGUCUGCAGUGAGCUGUGGUGCAUGAGCAAGAGCAACCGCUGCAUCACCAGCAGCAUACCCGCCGCCGAAGGAACCAUCUGUCAAACCAAUACCAUAGAGAAAGGGUGGUGCUAUAAGAGGGUGUGUGUGGUCUACGGGACGAGGCCAGAGGGGGUGGACGGCGGCUGGGGUCUCUGGACUCCCUGGGAAGAGUGCAGCCGUACCUGUGGGGGAGGAGUGUCCUCCUCCAUCCGCCAUUGUGACAGCCCCAGGCCAACCAUUGGUGGAAAGUAUUGUCUGGGAGAGAGGAAGCGCUUCAGAUCGUGCAAUAUUGACGAGUGCCCUGCAGGCUCUCAGGAUUUCCGGGAGAUUCAGUGCUCCGACUUCGACAACGUUACUUUCAGAGGGAAAUUCUACACCUGGAAACCCUACAGGGGAGGUGGAGUGAAGUUCUGCUCUCUGAACUGCCUGGCGGAGGGAUAUAACUUCUACACAGAGCGUGCUCCGGCUGUGGUGGACGGGACGCCAUGUCGAGACGACUCUCUGGAUGUCUGUGUGAACGGAGAGUGCAAGCACGUGGGCUGUGACCGGAUCCUGAGCUCGGACGUGCGCGAGGACCGCUGCCGGAUGUGCGGGGGUGACGGGAGCAGCUGUGAGGCCAUCGAGGGCCUCUUCAAUGACUCCCUGCCUGAAGGAGGUUAUGAAGAGGUGGUCAGAAUCCCCAAAGGAUCCGUGUUCAUUCACAUCCAGGAGCUCAACGUCUCCCUCAACUUCCUAGUGCUGAAGAGUAAAGGAGAACAGUUCUUCAUCAAUGGGAAGCUGACCAUCGACACCCCUCGUAGGUUCGACAUCGCAGGGACAACCUUCCACUACCGCCGGCCCACUGACCAACCUGAGACCCUGGAGGCCCUGGGGCCCACCAACAUGACCAUCAUCGUCAUGGUACUGGUGAGGGAAGAGAACCCAGGGAUCCACUACCGCUUCAACCCUCCAGUCAGCAGAAACCUUUUGAGUGGAUAUGCCUGGCACUACACAUCCUGGUCCCGCUGCUCUGCACUCUGCGCUGGGGGUGGUCAGACCCAGCAGGUCGUGUGUAAGAAGCAGACGGAUCACACCGUGGUCUACAACCACUUCUGUGACAAGAAGAGCAAACCCAAAGACAAGAAGCGAGCCUGCAACUCUGAGCCAUGCUCCCCAAGCUGGUGGUCUGGGGUGUGGUCUGAGUGCAGUCGCAGCUGUAACGGGGGCCUGAGGACCAGAGAGGUGUUGUGUAAGAGGAAGAUCUCUCCUACAGAGGAGAAGGUCCAGGACGACAGCGCCUGUACUCCUCCACGACCACCUCUCACUGAACCCUGCAGCAACCACACCUGCCCCCCCGAGUGGCUGGCCCUGGACUGGUCAGAGUGUAAUCCCAGUUGUGGUCCCGGGUUCAGGCACCGUGUCCUUCUGUGUAAGCGUGGGGAGAGUGGAGACAUACUGCCAGAGUCCCAGUGUCCCAAGAAUGGGCGUCCCACCACCAGGGUGCGCUGUAACCUGCAGCGCUGCCCACCACCCAUGUGGGUCACAGGGCCCUGGGGAGAGUGCUCGGCCAGGUGUGGUCUGGGUCAGGAGAAGCGCUCUGUGCAGUGUCUCGCACAAACCGGCCAGCCGUCCAAUGAGUGCCCAGACCUCCAGCGCCCGGCAGCCAUGCAACAGUGCAAGAGCAAAUGUGACCUCAGUAGCCUACCCAUGGACAUCCCCGAGGGUGACCCUGAAGAGUGCAAAGAUGUGAACACAGUGGCGUACUGCCCCCUGGUGCUCAGGUUUAAGUUCUGCAGCCGCCCCUACUUCAGACAGAUGUGCUGUAAGACCUGCCAAGGACACUGACCCCUGAACCAGACCGAGAGCCAGACCAGGAGGCAUCCCCAGCGGGCCCAGACCAGACCAGGAGCCACUCCUAGCGGGCCCAGACCAGACCAGGAGCCACCCCUAGCGGGCCCAGACCAGACCAGGAGCCACCCCUAGCGGGCCCAGACAAGACCCACUGAG